GUGAAAGUCAACUUAACUAAAGAUAUGUCUAAUGCAUCUCUGUGACAAUGUAGGGGUUGCUUGAUGCCUUCAGAACAGUCAUCCAAAAUGCUGAAACAAGGUUCUGUUGUAGGCAUAUAUGGGCCAACUUCAUACUUAAAUUCCCAGGGGAGGUUUACAAGGAGUUCUUUUGGAAGGCAGCAAGGUCAUCAACCAAGGCAUGGUUUUAGUCCUAGGGCCAAGUCAGGAAUGCUGUUGAAUAAUUGUUGUGAAAGCUUCAACAAUGUGUUGAAGGAUGCAAGGACAAAACCUAUCUUGUCUCUGAUGGAAUGGAUCAGGAGAUAUGUGAUGAUGAGAUGCUGUGCAAAGAGACAAGGCUUGCAAAACUUUGAGGGUACAAUCAUGCCUUCAGUUGUGAAAAUGAUAGAAAGGGGGCAGAAGGAAAUAUACAACAUGAGGCUGAUACAAGCAGAUUUGCAUGUUUUUGAGGUUCAACAUGGUGGAGACUGUUUUGUGGUGAAUCUGGAGAACAAAUUAUGUGGUUGCUACAGGUGGACAUUGAUGGGGAUCCCUUGUUGGCAUGCCUUGGCUUGUUUAGCCCAAAGGAGACUUGAUUAUGAAGAUUAUGUUCAUCAAGCCUAUCAUGUUGCAACUUAUGCCAGAACUUAUGCACCCAAAUUCAAUGCAAUGCCUGGACAAAAUCAAUGGGAAGUAACACCAUAUCCACAACCUCUCCCCCCAUCUUAUAAGAUUAUGCCUGGUAGGCCAUCAAAGAGGAAGAGAAGAAAGGAUCCAGGGGAAGGAAAGAAGGGGAAGGGAAGCAGUUGGGUGAAGAGACCUAAGAGGCAAAACAUGUGCAAGAGGUGUGGUGGAUUGGGCCACUACCAAAAGAGCUGUAUCAGACCCCCCCAUGGCUGAUGGUGUUGUUCAAAACAGAGGGGGAGGCCAAGAACAAGGCCACUGCCAGCACAGCCACUGCCAGCACAGCCUGCACAGCAACAUCCAUCACAGCCUGCAGCACCUAGCCCCCAACCCACAAAUGCAGUACCUAGGCCACAACCAAGGCCAAUGAAGCAGAAGCAUGUUGUAGGCAAGAAGAAGGCCACAACAGCUACCACCUCCCAAAACAAAGGAAAGAGUGCAUAUGUCCCUAAAAAGAAGAAAACAGCCUCUGUGAAUGCCAUACAAGGCUCACAACCUUCCCAAAAGAGUUGCAUCUCUCAAAACAACAUCUAAGUUUGUAAAAGUCAACUUUAGUUAUGUAGUAAAAGUCAACAUUUGCCUUAUUUUGUGUACUUUUGGUUAGUUUAAAACAAUCAACUUUUUAAGUUAUUUUGUGGUGACUUUGUAAAAUUCAACUUUGGUUACUCCAUCUAUAAUUCAAGUUCUCGGGUUUUUUUUAAGUUCUCGGUAUUUUAUUAAGUUCUCGGUUUUUUAAUUAAGUUCUCGGUUUUUUAUUAAGUCCUCGGUUUUUAUUAAGUUCUCGGUUUUUAAUUAAGUUCUCGGUUUUUUAUGUUGUCCUCGGGUUUUUAUGUUGUUCUCGGU